GUUUCUUUGUUUUGUAGGGGGCGCUGUGUGACCUGCAUGUAAAAUAAAAUGAAUUCCACCGAUUUUUAUGCCAAAAUACACAGUCGGAAGUGCAAGUAUGGAAACUGAUCGAUCAUAUAACAGGAUGUAUGUCCAGUGACCACUGGGAUACCCAGCAAGGACAGCAAAUUGUGGGUCCAGGUGGUGGAAGACAUUAGGUCCGUACUGGUGCUUUGGUUGCCAUGUUUUCCUUGCGGAUUGUGAGCACAGUGCAUUAUCAGGCAAAGCCAAUACCAGACCUGGAUGUGACCUAUUCACCUUUCCGUUCAGCAGAUGUGAAGAAGGUUCCCAUCCUUUGCAUCUUUGGUGCAACACCAGCAGGUCAGAAAACAUGCAUGCAUUUGCAUGGAGUCUUUCCUUACCUGUAUGUACUAUAUGAUGGCUCACAACCUCUGGACAGCUACUUAAGACGUUUUGCAGCAAGCUUAGACAAGGCCAUUAAUGUUGCCAACAACAGCAAUGCCAGUACUCAUCAUGUCUUCAAAAUCACCCUUGUGACUGGCUUUCCCAUGUAUGGCUACCAUGCAGAAGAAAAACAAUUUCUCAAGAUUUACCUGUACAACCCAAACUUCAUCCGCAAAGCUGCAGACCUAUUGAUUGGAGGAGCCGUUAUGAAUAAAUCUUUUCAGCCCCAUGAAGCACAUAUUCCUUUUCCUCUCCAGCUCUUUAUGGACUACAAUCUGUAUGGUAUGAACCUUAUCAACAUUGGUGCUGUGAAAUUCAGAGCAAAUAGAAAGGACGAAGAAGGUAACAUCAUUUCCACACCACCUACUUCAUCAACAAGCAAUAGGAAAUCAGAAGGCAGUCUUGAUUCUCCGGAUUCUGUUGAGUCCAUUCCUUUCAACACUCCCAGUAUGAGACUUUGGGAUGUGGCAGCUUUGCCAAGUGACCUGCUUCUGCCAGCCAGUGUGGAGAGACACAGCACAUGUGAGCUGGAGGUGGAUGCUGUUGCUGCUGACAUCCUGAACAGGAAGGAUGUAGAAGGUAGCAUCGGAGGAAACCCAGGACUUGCAGCUCUUUGGGAAGAUGAGCGACAGCGGAAAAGAAAUGCAGGCCAGGUUUCACAGAUAACACCUGAAGAUUCGCAGGAGCAUGAAGCAGUAGAGGCAGCUGAGAGUGAGAAGAAGCUGCUUGACCAGCUUGCAGAGAUCAUACAGCACCAUCAGUCACUUAGACGCAGCCAGUCAGAGGAAUCAGAUGUGUCCAUGGAGGAUGUUACAGUGGUACAGACAGCAGUUUCUAGCUUACCAGCUUCUCAGAUUGAAAAUCACACUGAACUGACAGAAGUUUCACAGCGCUUGUCAUCCCAAGACACAACAGUGGUGGUAGAAGAGGAAGAGGAUGAAUCACCUGUUAUUAGUAUGGAGUCAAUCCAGCGUGUACUGUCUUUCAGUCAGAGCUUCUCCAGGCCCUCUUCACAGAUUUCUGCAUCUUCUGCUUCAGGAGGUGGCACAGAGGAAGCUGGAGACCAUACACUAGCAAAAAUGCUUGCAUCUCUGGCAGAGGAAAGUUCUCCAGUAUCAUCGCAGCAGAGUGUAAUGUUGGCUGCCUUAGAAGACCAAGACUGCAUUGUAGGACACAGCAUGGUUUUGCCUCCAGAGCCAGAAUCUUUGGAGAAGGAUGAGGAGGACACGCUAGAGAUGUCACAGAUCUUACCUGGAGCUCUGGAUGUGCCUGACGAAGAGAGGUUCAAUUUGGAAGGCAUGGAUGUUUCAUGGAGUGGUUCGCCAAAUGAAAGUAUCAAGGAGAAUCAAGAUGGCAGAGACAUUGACAUAGAAGAAUCUGAUGAGGUGGAUGAAGAUGAAGACAUCCCACAGCUUGACGGGGCAUCAGAUGAAAAGCCAGCUGCCUCCAGUAAAUCUUCCAAGAAACGCCUUGGUGUCAGGGGUCCUGUGGUGCCAGGGGGUCAAGGAGCACCAACUUCGGCAGCUGACCCCCAAAUCUCUUCACCUGCACCACACCAGUACAACACCAUGGUGCCACCAGGACAGCAACAACAAGCACAAACAGGCAGCUUCUCUUUUGGCUACAAUUCCAGACAGCAGCAAUGGAUGGGAGACAGCAACACGGGACAGACGUAUGGCAUGACUACCUUCUCCAGAACGUCCUCUACAGGACAAAGUAGCAGUUGGCCGCAUUCCCCACCUCAAGGAUGCUACCCUGCCAUUUAUGGUCAGAGCAGACUUGUACCCAGUCAGGGUCAGCCAUCCACUUCUGGAUUUGGGUACUAUGGUCACACACAAAACUUCAACUCGGCAGCUGGCUCAGCAGGAACAGUGCCUGGUAGGCAGGCACAGGAUGAGCCACACUUCCCGUUUAUCUCAACCGGAUUCAGUCCACCACCAGGGUCUCCCACUUACUACCCAGGUGGUUGUGGCAGCAUACAGUCUUUUCAGCAGCAAAGCCCUUUCCAGCAAGGGCCGUAUGUGCAGCCCCACCAAGAACCCUUUCAGCAACCUCACCAAACUGCCUCAGCUUCUCCCCAGGGAAUGACUGGUAUAAGGCGACAUUCUGAGGGCAGCAUCCCACAGCCAGUACUGCAAAAUCCCAGUCAAGACCCAGUCAGCUCUCACUAUACAGCUUCACCACUCACCUCCACUCAUCAUGAAACACCCUGGCUUUUGUCCUCCAGUGACACAGAUAGUAGAGAUACAGAGUCUACAAGCAGCAGGCUUCCACAUCAGACCUCUACUUUGCAGGCAUUGCUAGAAGCACCAACAACCUCCACCUGUCUGGAUCUACGAAGCCCCCCUUUAUCUGUAGCCAGCUCUAACAUGGUGAGGCGAACUGUGUCUGUGGACUCUAACCCAGUGGCAUUCAUCAGGCGAGGCAUGGAACCUGGUAUCAUGAACAUUGGUCAGUUCAAGCUUCCAGACAAGAGACUCAGCAGUAACGGUGAUAGUUGUGGAAUGUCUGUACUGGGACAUUCUGAUGUGUCAGCCCCAGCUUUGUCGAGUCUUUUUAACCUUGUGGAAAAUGUUGAUCCACUUGGAGGUACCUCUUCACCUACACCUACUUUGGUGCCUACUCCUACAUCCACACCAACAUCUACACCUACACCAACCUCUGCUUCUUCUCCCAGCAUACAAUCUAAAGAUGAAGAAGUGAAGACAUACAUGGACCUCUCUUCUGGUCAGGUGAAGGUAUCACCAAGGCCUUCCCCUGUCCCAAAUAUAGAAUCCAGAAUGUUAAUGGAAGAAGCUCUUCCUCUUGUAGCUGCUGGUGAGAACAUGUCGCCUUCGGUGACACUCUGGAGAUACACAGGUUCCAUCAUUGAUGAUGCUUUGCUGGAACAAGCUGAUAUGGAGCUGGUGUCACCUUCAAACUGCUCCAGCAGAGAAACCAUUGCAUCAGCCCCAGUAGUGGGAGCCAGGAAAAUAGAAAAUGAUCGGCUGGGAAAGCAGGUUCGAAUGAAGAAGCUCGGGUUUAGUCACCAGCGCAUGUUGAUGCAUGGUUCUGGUGAGGGCUUUACUGCUUUGACCUCGCCCUCCUCCUCAUCUCUUUACACAUACACCUUCCAUGUCCCAACACCAGUUUUCAAAAGGCUCAAACUUCAGAGCAUUUACCCUCACAGAGAACCAGAUGUAAAACUUGUUCAUAUGCAUCCCAAAGAUGCAAGGCGGUACAGUCUCCUCAAAAUUGGUCGUGAACUUGUAAGACUUACCCGUUUGUCGGCUAGAGAAAUUGCCAACAUUAGCAAUGCACUCAGAGUUCGUGGAGCCAGUCGCUCUGCCACAGAGCGUCCUCACUCUCCCCACAAUUCUCUUGUAGAUCCCCAGACAGGAGAGGUUCUGAUGUCAAGAAUCCAGUCUAGAAGUACCAGCAGCAUGUUACCAGAGAAUAAGUCAGGUUCUGUUGUCAUUAUGCAGUCAUCACGCCUCCCAGGAACAUCUAGGCAGUUGGGCUCAAAGUCCAAGCGUCUGUUAGGCCCAAGGUGUAAGAGGCUAAAGAAGUUUUCUGAUGCAAAAUGCCAGACCGUCGUGUCAGCCCUAGAGUCAACAGUUCCUCCUGGGCCACAGUUAGGCGGAGAAGGUGUGUAUGAGAUGAGGCCUGAACAAAUACAUUUGCAUUCAAAGUCCAGCCACUUGUUUUCUUAUAGCUCAGGACAGAAAGGCACAAAGAAGCAGUCUGACGUUUCUGUGCACAGUGUCUCUCCUGCUACAAAAACAAACGAACUUGUUCUCAGCAUGCCUUCUCAAUCACCUCUCUUCACAUCUGGCUGGAAACAGCCGUCUUCAGUGAAGAGUGAAAUUGGAGCCGACGACCAACAGAGCAAGUUCCUACCAAACCCAGGGGUUCCUGGACCUGGGCAGUAUUCAGACCAGUGGAAUUCGGACUCCAAUCAUAGCCAUUCAGGAGGUAGCUGGAGGAUGGAAUCUCCUCAGGGUGUUCCAAAGCCAUGGAGUGAAGGGUCAGGUCAGCUUGGUAAUGGAGGUACAUGGCAGAGCGGCUGCUACCUAGGGUGGCAACCUCAAUACCCUGGGGUAAAGAGCGAAAGGGAGCAUAUGCAGAAUCGCAUAAGACCAGACGCCAACUCUGGUCUAGUUAGCAGUCCAAAUACCUGCCUAUCUUCCAGUUGGUCAGCACCAGUCUCCCCUUCAGUAUCACUGGCCUCAUUUAAUUCAACCAUGUUGUCAUCAUCCUCAUCACGACCUUUGGCAGCCUCCUUUUGUGAAUCACCAACAGUAACAUCGGUACCUGUUCAGCAGACAGGUGUGUCUUCAACGCGUGUACAUUACACUCACAGUUAUGGCACCUACACCCCUGUUCACUAUUCUCACCCUUCGCCUGAAGAGUUCACUGAGGACUCCUAUGCUAGUCAAAUGGGCAGUCAGAAAUCUUACCAUGAUGGUUGUAGCACCUAUAGCCUACAUGACAGCCAGACGGGCAGUCAGACCACGUUUGGGAGCCCUACACAUUAUAGCAGUUUCAUGGGCAGUGGUUACCUUGAAGGACAGCAUAACCAGUUCUCUCCUCCUGGCACUCAACACUGUCAGUUUUUUCCAGCUGGCCAAGGUGACCAGCACACUACUUGUCUUCCCCUCAAUCGCAGUGUACAUUAUCCUGCAUCAGGGAGCAGCCACACAGCUACAUACCAAAGCACUCAGAAUACACUUCAUAGCAUUGGAGCACAUGGCCACAAUGCAGGAGGCCAGCCAGGAAACUUCAUGGUACAGCAGAAGGGAUUUCCAGCUUACAGCCAAGCUGGCAGUCAGAACAACUUCUCUCCAGACAGCAGCCAGCAUGAGAAAUAUUCAUCUUCAGCUGGCCAACCCCCUAAUGGCAGUCCCCAGUGCCCGGUGCCAGCAAACAGCAGCGAAAGUUGGCAACAUGAAUCUCAAACUCAGGAUUCCUCGGCAAAUGGAAACAGCAGCAAGCUUUUUUUAGACCACAGUAAUCAGCUUCAGCCUUUUUUACAGAAGGGGGCCUGUCAGGACACCAACACAGCAGCCAGUGACUUAGCUAGGGAGCCUGCAACAUCCUUCCUUAAAAGCCAGUCUAUUUGUCCUGUCAGGCCAGUCAUUUCCAUAGGUGCAGUUCCAGUUCCUUCUCCCAUGUUGACCAGUUAUCAAGAACUUGAGAACAGUUCACAGCAACUGCAAAGUCUUUCUCCUACCAUCCCACCCUCUCAACAUCGAGCAGAGCAACCCAGAAAUUUCCAUGGUUCUUUUGUAAACUCACAUCCACCAGUCAAGUUGCGUAACUCUGAGGGCAGUGCAGUGGAGUCAGAUGAUGAUGAUGAUGAAGAAGGUGCCAGAGCAAGCCGAAGCAGAAAAAACAGGACAAAAAUAUCACAGAGUGUUGUGAAAACAUACAAUUGCAUGUCUGAUGUCGCACCGAAAGAGCUCUCAUACAACUUACAGAUAGUCAAUCAUGGACAGAGAAAAGUGACGUUAGAAAUGUUCUCCACUGAUGAGAGUGAGGGCGAUGAAACAGAUGACUCUUCUGAUGAAUACAUUCCAUCUAGUAGCUCUAGAUUGAGGGGAACAAAAAGGAAGAAACGGAGGAAAGCAGAGAAACGGGCUAAGCGCAUGUCUGUCAAUUACAGCCGCAAUGCUUUCUCUCACUUUUUAGAAGAGAAGGAACAAAGAGAACAUCGCAGAGGACGGUCCAGGAAACGUCACCAGCAGAGGAGUGACCACAAGGAUGACAAGCUUAUUGAAGGAAUUCAUUAUAUCAUAGUUGGGAAGUUCAAAGGUCACAGAGUCAUGUUGGUAAAAGUACAUAAAGUUAAGGUUGGGCUGAAUGAAAGAGUUGUGGUCAGCAAGUGGCUGGCAUCCAGGGAGGGAAGUAAAAUGAAAGAUGUUUGCUACCGAUCACCAGACUCUCCCACUUACUUCAGCAAAGAUACCUCUAAUGAAUCUACUCAUGCAGACAAACAUUUUUUCCAUACCGGUACUCAGGAUGACCCAGAGUGUUUGUCAGAUGCCUCUACUAUCAUUGGGGACUUUGGACAAACUGUGGGUACUUCGGAUGAGACAGCAGAGCAGAAGAUUCCCAUGGAAAUCCCAUACACAAGAGAAGGGGAGAGCAAAGAUGGUGUAUACAGCCAUGGGAAGAAUAAUUGUUUACAUAGGGAGAACAGGGAGGCAACUGGGUGUACUGUACACUCUGCUAAUAGGGAAAAAGGGGGUUUGAGGGAUCAGAGUUUAAAACAUACCCUUGGGAGUUGUAAAGACAUGCAGGAAAACCUGCUAAAUGGUUCAGGCAGUGUGGUGAGCAUGCUUAGUCCCCAGGCCCCUGGAACAUUUUCAGAUGGUUGUCUUGGUAACAGAGGUGCUGCUGGAAUGAUUAAAGAGAUCAUUGACUGUGAUGGAAAAAUUUCUUUCAGACAUGAAGUGGAUGAGGGAAACGGUGAAGUGGAGAAGCAACAAGAUGGUGUCAGUGUUUCAAGGCAGUGUGAGGGGGUGUUAUCAGUUUAUGGAGCUUUAGAAAAAAUGGUCACAACAGAGGACACAGAAACAUCAGCUGCUGGCAGAGAAAAGUGGGAGCUCAGUGCUCUGACUAAAUCUGCAAGCACGCAAAACUCAGUGCAAGACCCAGCAGUGUUGCAGAAAAUAAAGAAGCCAUUUUCUGACCACAGGAACCCUUCAGGUUCAGCAGCAUGCCACUCAUGCUCUGAGAGCAGUCUGACCCUGAAACAAAAUUUAAGUAGGGAAGCUUUGAACAGUGGAAGGCCAAAAAGCAAAUUGAUGAGCACAAAAGGAAAGAAACCAAAGAUGAAUAAAUCAGCAGAAAAAUCCAAAAAGAAAUUUGUUUCAGAAGACCUUUUGUCUAUCAGAGAAAGCUCAAAGGAUAUUCUGCUCAGUGAGGCAAAGCUGGGGCGCAAGUUACUAAAAGCAGCCAGAGAGAAUUGCUCUUUUCAAGUGCAGGAAUCUAAAUGUACAUCCUUAUUAAAGCAGUGCGCAGCAAACAACUUUAUAUUCAAGCAGGGAACAGCACCUGAGAGUUUGGAGCCAUGUCAGCAUGAGCUGGAAAGCAGAAGAAAAGCACCAGUGGAUUGGGGCCCAGGAGUCACCAUGCCAGGUAAGCUUCCUACAGACUCGCCCUUUGUUGUAUCCCAGCCCUCUUCUGCCGAACACUCGCAGGAUGCAGACUGUAGCUCGCUGCCACAUUCCAGCCCUGAUUCAGAUUCAUCACUACCAGCCUUCCCUUGCAUUUCUUUCACAAACAGUCUGCACCCUACUCUCAAAGAUAAGCAUUGCAACGACUUUUCCAAAUCUGGCUCGAGAAAGUGUGAAAAGGAGAAAAAAGACAGUGAGAGACAAUCUCCCUCAGUUGUAUUUCAUCCCCAGAAACAGUCUUGCAGAGCCAGAUUGAAAGAAGCAAACACAAGCCAGCAAGACAAAAUAGCCGACAGCAGUGACUCCAGUGAUUCCAAUGCUUGUUUCAGCAGCGGCAGCCCAGCCAGAAGAGCCCAGUCCUUCGACACCGACCCAGCCAGUUUCUCCAUGAGGACAAAACUGGAGCUGAAGGAGAUAAACAAGAAGCAGAAACAGCUGACACCAAACCAGCGCCUGGGAGUGGCCUUCCUCUCCAAGAAGUCACGCCGUAAGAAGAAGUCCAGGACUAGAGCCAAGAACAAGAAGGCAGCCACCUGUGGGACCGGCAAGCUGAUGAAUAGCCUGUCUUUGCUCCACAUGGCUACCCUGGCCAAUCUUAGUAACGAGCAGCCUGCCAUUGACCACAAGGAAAAUAGUCUGCCUCACUACUGCGACAGAGCCAGCGACCACACUGAUGACUACCAGGAUUCCCUUCACAAAAUGUCUUACAUUUCCCCCUUGAGCUCCGACAAAGGAGAUUCAUCGCCACCAACACCUGCAUCACCCAGUGAUUUGCAGCAUAAACGGGGAAAAUGUAGAUCUCGCAGAAUUUUAAAGCCUGCCAAAGCAGCUUUGGUGGAUUUAAGAUCUGACGAGAACUUGGGCACUGAGCCAAUUAGCAUUUCCCAGCUAAUGGCCAGAACUGCGAGGGAAGCUAAAAUCAAACAGUGUAGAGUUCAGCUUCAAAACUGUUGGCCGCCUCUUGUCUCUGAGCACCCAGUCAAAAGAAAGCCUUCUCUAAGAGACACCGAGAAGUUUGCAAGAGAUGACCUUCCAUCUGAAACAAGUCCUGCCUACAAACCUAAAAUUCCCAGUCCUCAUCUGUCUUCUCAACUGGUUGUAAGUUGUUUGUCUCAUUCUAAUACUAAUGGGAUGUCUGUCGACUGUUCUGCAUCCUGUAAACCUUUGCAAACAAUUCAGACAUCACAUGUUGUUGAAUCUCCUAAUGAAACUGGGAUUGAAAGUCAGUUUUCUCUGCACUCAAGUCAUCAUUCUUCCUCAGGACCUGUAGUUCCUGAAGUUGCUAAAGAUAUCCUUCCAGCAGACCAUGAUGUGUCAUCUCUGCCUAGAGCAGCAUGUGAUUUUGGUCAGGGUGCUGAACAUUUAAGAACGUUCGUAGAUGUAGAAUUAAGCGGCAAAAGAUAUUGUGAUAGUUUCACUGAUGGGCAUAAAAAAGAUGAAGACAAGCAGCCUUGUGAGGGUGAUGCAGUGCCUAGUCACAGCAGAGACGUGUGCCGAAACAGAAGUGAUAUUGUGGUCAGUGAAGCCUUGGGACUUGAUUAUACAGCUAGCAGGCAUUGCCCCAAAACCAGUCCAUUAACUAACUGUACACCAUUCACAUCGGACCAUCACCGAAAUGAUGAGAGUGUGGGAAAGAACGGUUGGCACACAACUUCAGGCUGGAGCAUUUCACAUCAGCCAGCAUCCUUGAACACAACUACUCAGGGCAAACACUGGCAAGAACAUAGCACUCACAACUUAGUGUCCACUCAUAAACUCCUCCCAGCUCAUUCUCCCCAUAAAGCAUAUGCUCCAGUUUCGCCCCAGAAAUUCUUUUCAGGCCUUUCUCCAGGCAGACCUUACCAAGACCGGCUGUAUUCCAAGACAGAGGGAAAGCCUUCUGCUUGUGGUUUUCCAUAUGAUGGAAGGGAGGAGUGGGCACAUGUCAGUGGGCCACGGCUGAGGAGGAGCUCAUUGGAAGGGGAAAUCAUAGAGGCCACAUUUGCAGAACUUUCAACUAGUUUGCAAAGGUCGCCAUGUUCCAGACUACCUUAUCAGUAUGAGAGAAGCCCUAGGACAGAGGAGAAGCUGUCUCCAGGUAUGACUUCACCAAAGUGUAUACCUACCACCCUGCUGUGUCGGUCACCAUAUAUUAGUGUGAACAAACAGAACUCUGAGGAAGCAGUCAGUUCUUGUGUUGAUGUUGCAAAAGCAGUAGACCUUUCUCGUUCUCCUGUGAGCCCAAAAGAUGGAGCUGCAAGUGAAAGACGGUUUCAAACUGAAACUUCCAACAAAGUGGGGUUAGAUGACAUGAAUGAAAAUUCUGCUAAGGCUGAUGCCUAUGCAAAGAAUGCUGAUGUGUUUUCUAGAUCUUUAUUUAUGGGGCAGUACUCUGUGUGCAAGACUCUUACCAGUACCAUUGCUCAUCCCACAUGGACUUCUGUGAAGACUGACAAGUUUGAAAACAUCACAGAUGACGAAGACGAAGAUGUCAUUCCACCUUCCCAAGGCUCCUCAAGUAACUUGGCUAGGUUUCCUUCAUUCAAGCAGUUAAAUGCUGUUGUACCAGUUUGGGUCCUGCCAUCAUCCUUGCUGCACACAGGAAAUCCAGGAAGCUUAUCAGCUAACCCCAUCCAAGCAUUGGACAGAUCAAGUGACAAGCACCAGAGUCCAGCAAGCUGUGCUUUCAACUUGCAGUCGCUCCCAGCCUUAGCUGAUCAAGCUUCUGCUGGAAAAUCAUCAUAUGCUGCAAUAGAUCCUAAUCCAAGUGACCCUGAAAAGGAAGAGCUUAGUAGGCAAGUCAACCACCACUGCCAAGAAGACGAUACAGAUGGCUGCAGAGCUGGUGCAAGCAGUCAGGUCUUAGAAAAGAGUUAUGUCUCUGGUAUAGGUACACCAUGGCGAGAAAGUCAGAUGCUGAAUAAUACCAGCACAUCCAUUACCUCUAACUUUGAGCCCAUUACUGACAGUGAGUCAGAGGAUGAAGGUGGUGGCAGCAGCAAAACAAAAUGGCAAGAGUGUGACAGAAAUAUUCUUUUGAACUCAAGAUACAGGAGUCUGGGCUACAGCUCCUCCUCCUCCUUCAAUUAUCAUUUGAAUCCUCCCAUAUACACAGCCUACACAUCUUUGAAAAGCAGUUUACCCUAUUCCCACCAGCUGAGCCAGCGAUUUUAUUCUCAAAUUCCUUGCCAUGGGAAGAUGUUCACUAGCUUUGAUGGGCUCAGCAAGAGCCAGCCCCUUGAGUUUGCCAGUCCAACACUCGGAGGCACAGACAGCAGCAAGCUUGUUGAUCACAAAAACCCCCAGUGUCUUGCAGGCAAAUCAGGUGACAAGACUCUUGAUUUUUCCAUCAUGAAUGCUUUACCAGAAACUGCGCAGACAAACACAAAAAAAGAAACUGCUUAUUUAGAAAAACUGUCAUCACUUUGGCACAGUUCCCCAAGCUCACAUUUCCGCAAUGAUUCUGAUUUAGAUAACCUGGCGGAGGUAGCAGCUGCAAAUAGCUUGCACCUAGGUCAGAUGCCUACUCGCGUAUCAGUGAAAGACAAAGUGUGGCAGCAACUGUCAGGCAGAUCUUCAUUGCUCUGUAUAGAUCCAGAGGCCUCCAGUGGUGGGUGUGGCAAUGAUGUGGAUGGUCAAAAGGACAAGGAUGCAUUCAGCACUGACAGCAGUCCAAGCAAAAAGUAUCAACCCAUUGACGGCAACCAGCCUGGCAGCGGCAGCGGCAGCAAGCAAGACUGGGACGAUGAGAGAAGUGUUGGUGACCCCAAACACCCGCAGUGCAUACUGAACAGAGGGCCUGAAGAUGUAGGGCAAGAUGAGAAAACAACUUCAUCUCAACAGUCUCCUGCCAAACCUUAUUCCUCUGCUGCACCCCCGCUCUCUAGGGGAGAAACCCAGAAUCUGAUGGAAGGAAGUUCUGGUCCUGUUUACGUGGAACAUGAACCAGAUCAUGCGAUGAACCUCGAGCCUACUCAACCUGAAUAUGUGUUACGACCUCAACUGAAUCCUCCUUUACGUGAGGCCUUAGAAGCAAGCUGCGUGUCUUUUGGACUGUCCAUCGAGCCAGUGGUAAAAGCUUUCUGUAGUAAUCCUGCAGACUUGCCAGAGAAACCCAGGGAGCUGGGGGGCCGAGUGUUGCGCCUGGUGUCGUGCAGGGUAGCAGAUCUGGAAGAGAUGAAGCCUCCGGCAGGCAUUCAAGGACUGCAGGCCUGGCAGUCCAUAAAAUUGUCCAGUAGUUCACUGUUGGCUUCACAGAGCCAAGCAAGAGUGGACAGGGGCUCUUUUAGAGAGAGGCUUGCUCAAAAACGUCAGCUGCAUUCAGCCUUAAUUGGAGACUGUCCUUGCAUCAUGACCCCAGUCACCCCUCCCCCCAGUGUCAGAAGUGUGAUGACAUGGAUCCAGAACAAAUUAACUAUUUUAGAGGCCAAGAAAGGUAUGUCUGGAGGACAAACAGAGCCCUCCACUGAAGUUCUGAGUCUGUCAGAAGUGGGUAAUAGGUUAAAAAUCAGCCAGAAGCAAGAAAAUUAUACAAAGAAGACAAGGGAGGAAGAUGAAAGGGAGGACAGUGCAGACACACCCAUGGGGAGGGAAGGACUUUUCACCAUUCUCAAAGAUAAGGGAACUGAGCCAGGUUCCUCAAAGACAUUUGAGUUGGCACACAUUUCUGGUCACAAAGCUUCUAGUCAGGAUAUACAUGUGUUUCUAGGCUCACCUGAGUACAGUCACCUAGAUCCUACAAACCUUCACAGCACCCUGGUGGAAAAGUCCUUAGAAAAAACAUCUCAAGAUGAGUUGACUCCCAUCACUAGCAAGCCAACUGGAGAACAAACUGAAAGUAUAGAACAAGAGCCAGAGCACACAAGUUGUGGCCAAACCAAAUUUGUAACGCCAAAACGUUUACCGUUAAGGCGUUUGUCCACCAACACAGAAAGAGUACUUCGUCAAAAUAUCCUUGCCUCUCAAGCAAAGCUGGGAUUUGUGGCAGAAGGAGGAUACACAUCCCAAAUUGAUGGUCCAACUCCAAAGAAUACUCAUGGAUUCAUGGUCACACAGCGCAGACUUCAGGAUGCUAAAGCAUUGCACAGUCACCAAUAUUUAACUGUUCUUAGCCUGGAGCUUCAUGCAGAAACUAGGGGAGACCUCAUGCCUGACCCAGAAGUUGAUGCUAUACACGCCAUUUUUUAUGCCAUCUUUGAUGAUAUCCCACUAGAGAAAGGAUCUCAAACAACGACAGGAGUUAUGAUGGUAGAUGCAGCCUCUUAUGAUGCCUCCAAAGGCAGAUGUGGCCCAGGGAGUCAGACCUUUCUAAGCAAAUGUGGCUUAAUGGAUGACCUUGACAUUACCUACGUUGCCACAGAGACAGAUCUACUAAUGGAAGUCAUAAAAAUGGUUGACAGGACAGAUCCGGAUAUGCUUGUGGGAUUUGAAGUACAACAGCUUUCCUGGGGAUUUCUCUUACAACGAGCAGCACAGCUGAACAUUGAUUUGUGCACAAAGAUUGCUCGAGUUCAUGGUCUAAAAAGAGGAAGCAGGGUGACACCUGAGAAAGAUGAAUGGGGUGCUGACCAUACAUCAGAAUUCCACAUAGAUGGCCGCAUAGUGCUUAACUUGUGGCGAGUGCUAAGACAUGAGGUAACUCUCAAUGUCUAUACAUAUGAGAAUUGUGCUUACCAUGUCCUGCACAAAAGAGUGCCUGCCUACACUUUCCGCACCCUGACUUUCUGGUAUUCUCAUGGAAGUCACCUGCAUCGCUGGCGUGUCAUUAACCACUACACAGAGCGCGUAACUGGACAGUUAGCCAUGCUGGAUCAACUUGACAUCAUUGGAAAGACCAGCGAGUUUGCUCGGGUCUUUGGAAUAGAGUUUUACGAUGUUCUUUCCAGAGGUUCUCAGUACCGUGUUGAAUCCAUGAUGCUCCGGCUAGCCAAGCCUCUCAAUUUUAUCCCAGUAUCACCAAGCAUUCAGCAAAGGGCUCGCCAGAAAUCGGCAGAGUGCAUUGCCCUGAAUUUGGAACCUGAGUCUAGAUUUUACGUGGAUCCUGUAGUUGUGCUUGACUUCCAGUCUCUAUACCCUUCCAUCAUGAUUGCUUACAACUACUGCUUCUCCACCUGCCUGGGUCGUGUGCAGCAUCUGGCAUCUGCUCAUGAGGGUCCCAUAGAGUUUGGCUGCACCUCGCUAAACGUUCCACCUACGGUUCUGCGAAAACUGGAGAAGCAUGUGACCAUCUCACCAAAUGGCUGUGUGUUUGUCAAACAGAAUAUUCGCAAAGGGAUUCUGCCUUUGAUGGUGGAUGAGAUUCUUAGGACUCGCUUGAUGGUGAAAAAGUCCAUGAAGGCCCAUAAGGGUGACAAGAAACUUCACCGUAUGCUGGAUGCUCGACAGCUAGGUCUGAAGCUCAUUGCUAAUGUUACUUAUGGCUACACGGGUGCAAGUUUUUCAGGCCGCAUGCCAUGUGUUGAGGUCGGAGACAGCAUUGUGCGAAAGGCAAGAGAGAGCCUUGAGCGUGCUAUCGGUGUGGUGGAGAAGACGACUCGGUGGCAGGCACACGUUGUGUAUGGUGACACUGACAGUCUUUUUGUCCACCUCCCAGGCCGAACCAAGGACCAGGCAUUUGUCAUAGGACAGGAGAUUGCCGACACAAUCACCAAUAUGUUUCCCAAGCCUAUGAAACUCAGGUUUGAAAAGGUGUAUCUGCCAUGUGUCCUGCAGACCAAGAAGCGCUAUGUGGGCUUCAUGUAUGAGACUCCAGAUCAGAAGGAACCUGUCUUUGAUGCCAAAGGCAUCGAAACAGUUCGCAGAGAUAACUGUGGUGUGGUGUCUAAGGUCCUAGAGAAGAGCAUCAAAAUUCUAUUUACCUCAAGAGAUGUCUCUUUGGUGAAGGCCUACGUACAGAACCAGUGCACCAAAAUGCUGAGUGGCCAUGUUGGCCUGCAAGACUUCAUCUUUGCUAAGGAGUACAAAGGCAUGAUGGGAUAUAAACCAGGAGCAUGUGUCCCUGCACUGGAAGUAGCUAGGAGACGUCUCAGAGAUGAUCGACGUGCAGAGCCAAGAGUAGGCGAGCGUGUUCCAUAUGUUGUUGUUUAUGGUUCCCCUGGCCUUCCGCUAAUAAAGUUGGUGCGCCAACCAUUAGAAGUUGUCCAAGACUGCACUUUGCGCAUCAAUGUAACAUACUACAUCCAAAAGCUAAUAUUGCCUUGUCUUGACCGAAUGCUUGGACUUAUUGGUGCAAAUGUCUUCAGCUGGUAUGAAGACUUGCCUCGGGUCCACAGAGUUGCACCCCAUGGUCAGCCUUUGCAUCCAGAUACGAAACAGGGUACCAUUUCUCAGUACUUUGUCACCUCUGACUGUGCCCUGUGUGACCAACAAACCAAGCAGCUUGUGUGUUCCACCUGCCUUCGAGAUCCUCUGAUGGUGGCUGUUUCACUUGCCUCACGCUGCACAGCAUGGGAGAGAGUGCAGGACAGUUUAUCUCAGAUAUGCUUUGCAUGUAUGGGGAUACAGGACCACACCCAGCCUUGCACAUCUCUGGACUGCCCUGUCCUGUUCCGCCGCCUGCUGGCCAAAGCUGACAUUCAGCGGGCAGAUCGGUUUCGUGGCAUGCUUGAUAAAAUUCUCAGCUUUUAGAAACACUUGGCAUCAUGUGUUUCUCUGUGGACCCUCGUCACAUGAAAAAAAAAACCACCAUUAUUUCCUUUAUAUUUCAAGUCUAGAAGGUUAAUCUUCAAGGUUGACCAUGUAGACAUGCCAAUCAAAUGUGAUAUGAAAAUUUGUUUCUGCUUUUUACCUAUUCUAGCAGAGGCUGUCCCCUCCGUAAGACCUAAAAAUGACAUUGCAGGCUAAAAGAUGUUUUGAAAGCAUUGUAGUGGAGACAGAUUUUCCAUCAGUUGAAAUGGUCAUCCCAGCAUGACAAGGUGCUUGUGUAAGACUUUCCAUAAUGCCUGGUGAACUUCUCGUGAGUUGCAAAAGUUAAUUAUCACAUUAAGGAUGUUUCUGGCCUUUGUACUCUCAGUACAAUAUCCUCAGACAUGGGAAAAAGUAGUUACCCGCCAAAGAAAUGCCAUUCUACCUCACACUCAAAGGAUGUUCAGAACCUGGGUGAUGCCAGCACAUCCCUGAACUCUUUCAGAAGUUGCAAACACUACCUUAAUUUUUUUUUUUAAUUUUUUUUUUUUUUUUUUUUGGCCGGUGCUAUAUUGGUGCAAACACCACCUCAUGCAAGGAACCGUCUUGGUCAAGAAUUAUCUGUCUCUGCUGUGUGACGUACUUUAACACAGAAAAAUGAUUUCUGAGAAGCUGAUAUCUAUGAACAUAAACUACCACACAUACAAAAUGUUGUCAUGGGAUCUGUUACUAGCUGAUUGCAUCACAGAUGGUACUGUUUGCAGAUACUUUAAUAAUCACAAGUUCUUUAUAAUAUUGCAGUUUGAUAUUUAGUAGCAAAUAACUUUUUCACAAAAAAAAUAUUCUGUGAAAGAUGUCUGCUUUGUAAAUUGACGAAGACGUUUUCUUUAUCAAUCUUCCCCGUCCCACUUCCAACUUUGACACUGUACAGCUUUUAAAAAAAGGAAAGGUUAGGAUGUAUUCCUGGACAGCUUCCUGUUUUUCCCUUUUGUUUCAAAGAGAAGGCAGCUUUAGUCAUUAUUUGAUGCGAUUCUGGUUGAAGUAUACAUUUGUGAGCAGAAUACUUCAUGUUCUAAUCAUGGAUGCAUAUAUUAUGUACUCAAAUCAUUUAUGGUUGUAGGUGUGGGUGCAUACAAAACAUUUGUACAUUAUAUGUGUGUACACAUUCUCUUUCUCACUGAGUAUAUAAUUUUGUUGCUGCCAUUAGGUCUUUUAUUUUCAGUGUGGCAAGCUGAUUAAAAUUCGUCUCUUCAAGCAUUACACAGCAGUCAUUUGAAACAGAAGAAGUCAAUAACUGUUAUCGAAGACAGUGAAUAAUAGGCUGCCAAGCUCGACAUUGUGCUUUUCAUUUUUCAUCAAACAGCUUGUGGCACAGACGUAAAGAGUACUGAGAACUGUUUAGCGUCACCAAGAAAGAAAUGCCAGCAGGCAUCACUCCUAUGACGCACUAGGUUCAGAAUACAGUCAGUCUAUAAUUAUGAACAAGUUAUGCUCAUGAGACUGUCAGUCAAAACAUACAAAAUAAUAAUAAUAGCAUAGCAAACUACUUCUUGCAUUCAUUGCUAUUAACUGUUUGUAACUCAGACUAAUAGGCUUAUGGCAGCUUGUUCAUAAGUAUAGAUGUCUGUUAGGCAUUUGUUAACCAGGGUUUGCCUGUAUGCUUUUACCAAAGAUUCUACUCUCAACUUGUCUGAUCCACUUCUGUCAGUAGACUGCAGUAAUAUGUGUGGUUUCAUGCACAUGUGCCUGCUGACCACCAUAUCGUAUAUGUGAGAUGGUGUUGUGUCCUGCUUAUGUCUAUAUCUAACCAGUAUUGAGAUGAAAUUGUUCUUAAUUCACUCUGAAUGUCUUACUGACCAUGUUUGGGAACAGCUAAAAAAGUUCUAUUAGGCAGAGUUUUAUCAUUUCUCUUUUGUGUAUGUCCCACUGAAGAUGCUUGAAUGGCUUCACUACCUGUGACAGUGCAAGUACACAUUUUGUCAUUGUGUGCAUCUCCUUUUAUGCCUAGAGUUUCUUAUCUGAAUUUUGCUGCUGUAACUUUCCAGCUUGCCUUGGAAAAACCAGAUUCUUAUAAGAAAUGUUGGGGGAGGUUCUUUUCACUGAGUUCUUACUGCUGCUGCCUUGAUUUCUGCAUAUUCUGAUAUACUGCUGCAAGACAGUUUACAUUCCAGCAUUCAGUGUCAUUGUGGUCAUAUGCUGUAGACAUGGCUUAUCAGCCUGUACUUUCAAGAUCUCCCUCAAACCGCAAUAAAUAACUAAAUUACAGUGACUUUUAUGUUCUUAUAAUUCAAGAAAAGAGCACUACACAGUGAUUUUGGUGCUCAUCUAUCAUUGCAACCCCAAAUAAUCUGCCCUUUUUUUUUUUUUUUGUAGGCGAACCAAAGCCCAUGGCAUCUUGUAAAGCGCAUUGAGCCUUCUGCUAAAUCUGGAAAUGUACUCUAUGAAUAAAUUCUCAUUAUCAUCAUCUGACCAGAUAUAUGCUGCAGUGACUGUAACGGUCCGUGGCAUUUUGUGCAAGCAUCAGCCACUCAUCUAAAGUGCAGUAGUGAAGUGUUUUUAUUUUUGUUUUUUUAAUUAUUUUCUCAUUAUGUCAUUAAAGAUAGGAUACUGCCUUUUCAUUGCGCAUUUCUUCAUGAUUUCCGAUCAUCCAUUUUGAGGCCAUUCACUGACAAGCAUGUGCAAACAGAAUCUCUCACAAAGUGUUGAAUAUUAUCCAAUGAAUGCAGUCCAAAAGAACUUUGGACUAAAGUUUCACUGUUGUGAGGCUUGCUUUGCCCUCCCCACUGUGAUAAACUGAUUUAUGAGGAAUGCUAAAGAAGGCAGGGCAUGGGGCAUAGACACCACCUGUCAUUUUCUAGAUUCAGUGAACCCAUUACACUUCACUGCCCCUCCACCUUUUUAGGCCAAGGGACAUUAUCUUUAAUUAUUAUAAGGGUACCAAUUUUUACAGAAGUGUAGCCCAGUCAUGCCAAAAGACAAGCAAGAAAACAUUUCUUUGAAUCCAGUCUCAUUGAAGUGUACAUUAUGCUUUGGAAAAAAAAUUUAGAUUUUUUUUUUUAACUGCUGUUGUGCACUAGAAGUCCAUUCAGCUUCCUUUUGGUGUCGCUGCACAAUCAACUAUCAAAUUCAGCGACUUGAAGGGACAGUAGGAUUGUAAAGCAUGUCUAGAAAUCAUCAGAAUGCACUUUAUUUUGCUGCAGUGCAGACUAUUUCUAUGCAUAAUUUUUCUUUGGUUGUGAUGGCCAUUCAGAUCCAGCAUAAAUUCACUGCAUUGCUGUGCUUGAUAUUAUGGAGAGACUGGAGACCACGUUUAUUUUCUGUAGAAAUUGUAAAUAACCAAAGCAAAAAGAUUUCUUUUAGAACUUGAAACAGGGAAAUACUGAAGUUGUGGGGAUCUUUGUUCUCUUAAUAAUACCAUUGUGUCCAUUGGCUCUGCAAACAACUUGCAUAUCUGUUCACAGCAGAUGGGAAACCCAUUUUCUGCUGCUUUGUAUUCUGGAAAUGUGCAAAGGACAGUUGAAAGCUAGAACAGAUGCUUUUAUUAUAUUUCAAGAUUUCCCACGUUACUUUCCAUUCUGUACUUUGAAAGCAUUUGUUUUUCAAGCAAGACCACAGCAUAAAGAAAAUGCUGUUUUUGGUCUGUUCCUGUGUGAGAAACAGUUUUGUCAACAAUAUAGAUGCUGUUGCUUUAUUUGGCAGUUCUCAUCAUGAAAACUAAUUAGAAAUAUUGUUUGAAACAAAGUUAACAGGUGCUCACAGUAACAGUGUCUUUCCUUCUCUUUUGCUCUAUCCCCAGCCAUGUGUGUGAUUUUUGAUUUAUUACCUUUGUACAACCAUAUAGCAAACAUUGGUUUACUGACGAGGCUGUAUACAAUGAUUUUUUUGUGGCGACUUUAAAAUGCUGUAGUUUUUAUUUUGUAUUUUAUUUUAUACAUUUUUAUUAAUAUUUUGGUCAAGUCCAAAACCUACCUAAUAAUUGAUCAGCAGACUGCAGUUUAUUGAACAUGUUCAGAAUGUGGUUGUGCAAUAUCUUUAUUAUGAGCAUGUGUUGAGAAUCUGUAGAUAAAUUGUUUUCUAUAUCCUUCACAUUUUAUCAUGUUUAUAACAUUUUGCUGCAUAAGGGGUGGCACAGUGCACUUAAAAGAACACAGGGGUGCGCCUAUUUACAUGUAAGCAUGUCCAUAUGCCGAACAUCACUUCACUCUUCCCAUCGGUGGAUGUUAUGCUUAGUGACAAUAACAAAGGAUUUUCAGGCAAGGGUUGCACUACAAAAAUAGUUUGUGGAGAACUGCCAGGGCUUGUAUGUUUGAUUUUAGGGACCUCACCCACUGCAAAACCCUCAUCAAUGUGGGAAAUAAUCCAGUCACCUGUUGCUACAAACUCUAACAGAAGUUUGCUCUGAAACAAUAAAAAAGUUAUCCAGUGCAGUGAUUUUCUCAGGUUUGGAUACAUUUUUCCUGUCAGGUAAAAAGUAUAAAUUAAGAAGAGAAAGAUAAUGAUAAGUUUGAUGAAUAUGAACAGCAAUGAGAUAAUUGUCAGAAGGUUCAAGAAGAAAUAUUUUUUUUCUUUGAGACAUAAUAACAAGCAUAAAUUGAAUUGUUUUGAUGAAAGCAGUUUGUUUCCAGUAUAUCCUACAUCAUCACCUGCAAGUUGAAGAUAGUACUGAUUUUUAACUAUCUUCUUUGUAUGCUGAUCUCCAUUGUUCACUGGAUGAAAGUUGUUAAUGAUGACAAGCAUGAAUAUGAAUUUGUUUUUAUUCAGGUGCAUAUGAUCUCUCUUUCUAGGACAAGCGGUCCUUUCCCUUUGCUUUAACCUCUGUGUGCUGUGUGGAUGCAUGUGUCAAGAGGGAAAGUGUGUGGAGUAUGGCAAGAUGCAAACAUAAAAUGGGUUGCAGAAUAUUUUUCCUCUUCUGCUGAAAUGGAUAUAAAUCUUGCCAUGUUGAAAACAUUUCAUUUUCUUUCUCACUUUUAACCUGUGGUCUAUAUAGUCAAAGCUGGGUGUUCUUUUUCUCUUUCAGAUGUAAUUCUGUCUUAAAUGAAGGUGAGAAACUAAUGCUGAAACAUACCAUUCUUAACUUGACUGUGUGGAUUCUCGCUUACCUUGCCUAUACACUUAAAAGUAAAACUAUGUACUUGUACAUAAUGCUCUCCACUAAAUUGUGCGGUCCAGUGGCUCAGCAGUUAUCGCCUGUCAUCAAAACUGAGGACUGCCUUUGCAGGGCUAGAAUCUCUUUUCAGGCAUGCUGUUCUUUCUCUGCAUGUGGCAUCUGUUAGUGUUUAUAGGACUAGCUGCUUUGUUGUGAUGUAGCCUUAGUUGCUGGCUCAUCCUAAAACACCAUUUCCUCCUCCUAUUUAAAUGUUGUGAUGGUUUCAGCAUAUCAUGACGGUAACUGACACUUCAUGUUUGAAGUGAUUAUAUUGCUAUGAAAUGGGUUCUCAGCUAUUUAAAAUUUUUCUAAAGAGCUGUCUAAAAUCCAUUGUGAUCUGGAGGAGAAAAUUACUGUUGCCUGGCAUUUGGCAUAAUCAUGUAAUUGUGUCUCCAUUUCUUGACUAUUUUCAGUUCCUAAUAUCUAAAACGCCAAGAAACCACAAUUUGGGACAAAAUAUGAUACUAGAAAACUGAUUACAAAAUAUACCAUUUUGCAUGAUUUUAUGUGCCACAUGGCAGGUUGUCAUAAUAAUUCAGUCAUCUGAGGUUAUGUUUCAAAUGGUUUCUAAUACUGAACAGUGCUAAGUCCUUGUGAGGGUGAAUAAGAGUUGCAUUACUAGUGUCUUACUUUCACGGAAGUAUAUGUUGGGAGUGUUUUUGGUGACUUUAAACUAAGAACAUAGUAUGACCAUGAAUUUAUAUAUAUGUAUAUAUUUUUAAAAAGAAAACACCAAGUGUUGUAAAUGUUUUAGUUGCAUUGUUUGUAAAGAGGACUGUUGAGCAUAUUAUCUGUAGAUCCUUUUUUGUAUGUUUGAUAACCAAUAAAUUUUCAUGCCAUCCCCCUGACCUGUCCUGUUGUGUGCUUCAUAAAAUUACACAUGGAAAAUGAAAUAAACAGUAUUUGUUAUUCUU